GUGUGUGUGUGUUCGCGCGCGCGUGUAUGUGUGUGUGAGGUGCCGUGUGCAGACCGCGUGUGGCGCAGAGGAGGAUUGAAAACAAACAUCCAGUUUCAGGUCUGAGGUGUCGUCGUGGCGAUGAGCAGUAACGAGUGCUUCGGAUGUGGCCGCAGUGGUCACUGGGUGAAGAACUGUCCGAGUGGUGGGAGAGGAAGAGGAAAAGGACGGGGAAGAGGCAAAGACCUGUUCUGUUACCGCUGCGGGGAACUCGGACACGUGGCCAGAGACUGCGAGAGGACCGAGGACGCAUGCUACAACUGCGGCCGCGGAGGCCAUAUCUCCAGAGACUGCAAGGAGCCCAAGAAGGAGCGCGAGCAGCUGUGCUACAACUGCGGGAAGGCAGGUCACAUGGCGCGGGAGUGUAACCACGCCCACGAGCAGAAGUGCUACUCCUGCGGCGGCUUCGGACACAUCCAGAAGUGCUGCGAGAAGGUCAAGUGCUACAGGUGUGGGGAAAUCGGCCACGUGGCGGUGCACUGCAGCAAGGCAUCGGAGCUAAACUGCUACAACUGCGGGAAGUCGGGUCACCUGGCGAAGGAGUGCACCAUCGAGGCCACCGCCUAGCCCCGCCCACAUCUCUUCUUUCUCUUUUCACUCCCUCUGAUCCAUUUCUUCUCAUUGGUCUAGAGGCGUGGUAGCAGCCAAUCAGAGCAGGCAGAAAGGAAGUGCGGACACAGAAAUAACUUUCUUCUUCUUUUAAAGAAAAACAGAAUCUGUGUUUUUGGUUCGGCGACGUGACACAAAGCUUUAAGAAUCCUUUCUGUCCACCUGAUUGGCUUUGAAUAAAAAAUAAAAAUAAAAAAGCCCUUCCCCUCAGUCUUAAAGUGGGUGGGGUUGUAACAGAGGGACAAUUAAGUGAUGGAAGUUUUUAUCUUCCAGUGACAUCUUGGUUUUAUUUUGCUGGACAAAAAGUUUGUGGUUGGCCCCGCCUCCAGCCAUCAGCUGAUCAGCUCGCAGGAUGAACCAGCCUAUCAGAGCGAAUAUUAAUCAUAUUUUGAAGGUUUUGGAAACGCAGAAAAAAACAAACAAAAAAAAACACACUUUCAGAAACAAACAUUUUGAGUUUGAUGAAAAAAAAACACUUUUCCCCCAAAAAUUAAAUGUUAUUUUUGUACAAUAUUUCAGUGAAAUCUGCGGUGAAGACGACAGCAAGUUGUACUGCAAACUGUAAGUUAACCUGACGAGAAAACACCAUGAGGAGUGUGUGAUCUCUGCAACAUACCCAUACACACACACCUGAAUGUACAACCCCAGUUUAAAAAAAGUUGUGAUGCUGUGUAAAAUGAAAAUAAAACAAAACAAAAACAAA